GGCGGCAGGAGGUGUCGCGCCGGGGAACUUCCUGGUUCGCGGGCUCGGCUUUGCCGGGAUCCUCUUGGAAGGGAAACAAUGGGGCGGAGGGCACUGCGGUAGCCGCCGCCGCCGCGCCGCACCAGCUUGGCCGCCCGGGACUGCCCGCCCUGCCCGCUGCUCGUUGCUCUCGCCGACGGGACCGUCCGGAGGACAUGUAUUCCUCUGAGAAACCUUGUAUAGAUUUUGCUGUAAUAUCUGAUUGGGACAGCGUCUGGAGACAUUUCCAGUCAUGAAUUCAGACCAGGAUGUAGCACUCAAACUUGCCCAGGAGCGAGCUGAAAUAGUUGCUAAAUACGACAGAGGACGAGAAGGUGCAGAGAUUGAACCUUGGGAAGAUGCUGAUUACCUUGUUUACAAAGUUACGGAUAGAUUUGGCUUUUUACAUGAGGAGGAGCUCCCAUAUCAUAAUGCAGCUGUGGAACGGCAAAAGCAUCUCGAAAUUGAAAGAACUGCCAAAUGGCUGAAAAUGCUAAAAGGAUGGGAAAAAUACAAGAACACUGAAAAGUUUCACAGGAGAAUUUACAAAGGAAUCCCACUCCAGCUCAGAGGUGAAGUCUGGGCUCUCCUUCUUGAGAUCCCUAAAAUGAAAGAAGAAACAAGAGACCUUUACAGUAAAUUAAAACACAGAGCACGGGGUUGUUCACCUGAUAUCAGACAAAUAGACCUUGAUGUCAACCGCACAUUUAGGGACCAUAUUAUGUUUAGAGACAGAUAUGGUGUUAAGCAACAAUCUUUAUUUCAUGUGCUUGCUGCAUAUUCUAUUUAUAAUACGGAAGUCGGGUACUGUCAGGGGAUGAGCCAGAUCACAGCUCUGCUCCUCAUGUAUAUGAACGAGGAAGAUGCCUUCUGGGCCCUCGUCAAACUCUUCUCGGGCCCCAAGCACGCCAUGCAUGGCUUUUUUGUCCAAGGUUUUCCUAAACUCUUGAGGUUUCAAGAACAUCAUGAAAAAAUAUUGAGUAAAUUUCUGUCCAAGCUUAAGCAGCACUUGGAUUCCCAAGAAAUCUACACCAGUUUUUAUACAAUGAAAUGGUUUUUUCAAUGUUUCCUUGAUCGUACUCCCUUUACCCUAAACCUCAGAAUUUGGGAUAUCUACAUCUUUGAAGGAGAACGAGUUCUUACUGCUAUGUCUUACACAAUCUUAAAGUUACACAAAAAACAUCUAAUGAAAUUGUCUAUGGAAGAACUUGUAGAAUUUCUUCAGGAGACCUUGGCAAAGGAUUUUUUCUUUGAAGAUGAUUUUGUAAUAGAGCAACUUCAGAUUUCUAUGGCAGAGCUAAAGCGGGCAAAAUUAGAUCUUCCAGAGCCUGGUAAAGAGGAUGAGUAUCCAAAGAAGCCUCUGGGGCAGCUUCCGCCGGAAGUUCAGUCUGGCGGCCUGACUCAGCUGAGUAACGGACAGAGGAGCGUCGGCAGGCCCAGUCCCCACACCAGCGGCAGGAGAGAAAGCGGAGCGUCGCCCUCCAAGAAGCACGAGCACUCCCCGCACCACCCGAGCAGAACCGGGACGCCGGAAAGAGGCAGGCAGCCGAGGCGGAAGUCGGUAGACGAGGACAGCAAAAAGCUGAAAGAUGAGGCCGAGUUUCCAAAAAAGCUUCCUUCGGCCCCGCAGGACAGUUCCCAGCACUAUAACCACGCGACUGCUAACCAGAAUAGCAAUGCCACUUCGAAUGUCAGGAAGGAGUUUGUGCCCAAAUGGAAGAAGCCGUCAGACACGGCCGCCCUGGAGAGAACUGCGCAGUACGUCUUGGAAGGACACGGCAGGGCAGCGCACCCCACCCUCCCGGUCACCGCGCCCAACGGGAGGCAGAAGAUCAAGGGCUUGGACGCCGAGGACGGCAAGCGCGGCUCCACCGCCUCGCAGUAUGAUAACGUCCCUGGGACGGAACAUGAGGCCGGAGCUGCUGUGGAGGGUGCUCUGGAGAGAGCUUACUCUCAGAGCCCCCGGGACGCCGGCUACCCCAGCAGUCCGAGAAAGCACGCGGAGCCCAGCCCCAGUCCCUCCAAGGUAGCCAGCAGGUUUGCUUUGAAAGCGCCGCCUCCCGGGCACGCCAGGUGCCCGUCCCAGCUGGAAGGGGAGGAGCGCAGGCCAGUGCCCCCACCGUCUUACAGCAACCCCCCUGUCUACCACGGGAGUUCGCCGGAACACACGCCCGCUGCUCGGAGCAGCUUCGCGUCCCCACCGUUCAGCCCUGGGGCUCAGGGGAACCCUUCCCGGAGGCCGCACGGCUCCACUCUGUCCGUGGGGUUUUCCCCUGAGAAGGCCCACGGCCGGCCCGCGCCCGUCGUCCUGCCGUCUAGUCGCAUUGAAGUCCUUCCUGCUGAGACUGGUGCCGGGGGCUACUCGGGCAGGGCAGGGUCACCAAAGAACGGAACGUUCCUCAUUCCUCCCGUGGAUUAUUUGCCAGACCACAGGAAGUGGUCCGAAGUGGGUUACAGGUACAGACCUGACACGCACGGCCCAUCGUGGCCUCCGGACGCCAGCCGUAGCCACUUGAGCGGUUUCCCGAAAUACCCCGCCUUGCAGCACGUGCCCUUCCAGGACCACGACCUGCCCGCAGUCUCCGUCGACAGCCCAGUGCGGUACAGAACCUCGCCAGCUGUCGAGGACGCCAGCCCGUCCAGGUAUCAGUAUUCAGGGCCCUCGCCGCCAGCCUACCACUACAGAAACCGGGACGGGCUUUCUGUUCAAGAAUCAGUAUUGCUGUGAGACCGUUAUCCGCCCUCGCUCAAGACAACUGAACAGAACCCGUAUGAAAUCCACGUUGCUAGAUCGAUGAUUGCCAAAGCAGUAUUUUCUACUAUUGUAAACAACUCGCACAGUUCUGCUGUAUGUUAGUAACAAAAAAUAUACAGAAAUGUUUUCAUCCCCAUGUAGAUGCGCUUAAGAGGAGCAUUUUAAAUUGCAUCACCACUGAACCUGGAAACAGCAAUAGCGUUUAGGGGUGCACGCACAAUAAUCACUCGUUCCUCAGUUCCAUUGAUAUCUUCCUCCAAAACCUGAGCGUUUUUACUCUUAUUGGCCCAUUCUAUUUUGACUAAUGUUACGAAGCACUGAACAACUAGAAUAGAUAUUUUUUAAGCUCUAUGUAGUAAAACAUCUUUUAAUAGUUAUAGGCAUCGAUGCAUACGUAUUUGGACACAGAACUGAAAAAAACAUUUUUAAAAUGUGCUUUUAAUCGAGAUCCCUGAAAUAAGCCGUUGUUCGUCUUCUCGUUAAAUUGUCUCUUAGUCCAGUUUCCCCCAUUUCCUCAAUCCAGGUCCUGACUUGACUGGAGAGUCUAUGCUGACUUGGUUAGCGCAGCAGCUCACAGAGUGCUUAUCAUUCACCUUCAGUGGCCGCCCUUUUCUUUAUCAAUCUGAAAAUUAAAGACUUCGGAGUGAAAGGAUAGCCAUUUAAUGGUGCUUAAAAUUAAGGCAGUUAACGUAAGUUUAUGGCCAAAGGUGCAGCACUCAGAGCAUCCACUUCCCGAGGCAGGUCGUAGUGUGUGUGUGCCCCUUGCUCUGGUCUGACUCCUGCAAAGCUCUGAGCAGACUCCAGAGCUCCCCUGGGGACGCCUCCACCAGGUCAUCCUUUACUGAUGACCUGGCACCCACGUGGACAGCAGGAUAGCAGCUAGGUUCCUUCUCGCUUCUGCCCCUUAACUCCAUGCGGGGGCACACGAGAUCUUUCUCUGCCCAUCUUUCUGUAUAGAAGUGGAUAUCAUCAGACGUAUCCAUGUUCAAAUUGUUUUUCAAAAAUCCUAAUUAUUAGGAGCCUAGAAUUUUGAUCUUUAAAAAAAAAAUGAUAUGACUUUCAUACUUUCAAAAUUCUUUUUUCUGCUUCAGAGAAAAAAAAUUCAAGUUCAUGGAGCGUGGGAAGCAGGGAUGUUUUUAAAAAUAUUGUUAUACUAAAGUUACCAAGAUACUGGCAAAGUUUUGGGGAUUCCCACAAAGCACGGCCUUGUGUUUAAUCAGAGAGCUUGUUUUCCACAUUUCUUUGCUCACAUUUGAAUAGUGGAGAAUUAGAAAACCUAACAUUGCUGGUUCUUCCUGUUGCAAGCUGGGGCUUUAAGCUUUCAAGGUACAAAAAUAUGUCUUUUAAAAUCAAAGUAAUAUUGGUUUAGCUAGUGAAUGUGACAGUGAUUUUUAUGUAUAUAAUGAGUCUAAUGUAAUUUUAAUCAACAGUAAUAAUGUUAUUAAAUGUCAAAACAAAUUCAAGUGUAUUAAAGCUAAACACUACACUGAUGCUAAACAAAAUCCUGAUAAAAUAAUGGGGCUCUUGAUUUAGAUCAUGUGGAAGCUAAGAAAUAAAUGUAUAUAAAGAUGUAGUGAGGAUAUUACUUCCAGUGUUUAACCUCUGAUUCUGUGAUGUGUAAUAAAACCAAGCUGUACAAUUUAGUUGAUGAUGGCAGCAUCUGAGCUGCUCCAAAAAUAUAUAUAUCAACAGUGGUAAAUACUGUAGAUUUUUAUAUAUAUAUAUGCCAAAUAUAUAUAUACACACACACGCACUAUUUUCCUAUGUUAUCUAUGACAUUUUUUAUCUGUAUACUUUUUGGAUGUGAUUGUUUUUAACAUGCUAAAAGUAAUAAGUGCA